AAUUUAUAUACUGAACUCUUCGUUGAUUAUGAAGGCGUACGUUAAGCACAAGAACCUCGUCGUCGUUUGAACCCAAAAAAUGGAGACGAUUGAAGUAGAGAACAGAGGAAUACAAGGCAAAGUUGUAGCCGUGACCGGUGGGUUGGGUUUAGUUGGCUCCGCCGUGUGCCUUGAGCUGCUCCGCCGUGGUGCUCUUCAAGUCCGUUCCUUCGACUGCCGCACCACUUCUCCUUGGUCCGAUCGUCUCAAAGAAUCCGGCGUUCACUGCAUAUACGGAGAUGUUGCGAGUAGAACGGGCGUAGAAGAGGCUCUUGACGGAGUAGACUGUGUUAUUCAUCUUGCUUCGUACGGUGGCUCCGGUAAGGAAAUGGUGCGGACUCGUCGGAUCGAGAAAGUCAACGUGGAAGGGACGCGUAACGUUUUGGAAACAUGCGUGAAGAAAGGGAUCACGAGGUUAGUGUAUUUGAGCUCAAACGGUGUAGUUUUUGGUGGGAAUGAGAUUGAGAACGGUGAUGAAGCUCUCCCUUAUCUAGCUUCAAAACAAUACGUCGGUCCAUAUGAUCAGACUAAAUCUAUUGCCGAACAGUUGGUUUUGAAGAACAACGGUCGUACUGUUGAGAAUGGACAUGAAAGUGUUUUGUCUACGUGCGCGAUUCGUUGUCCACUUGUUUAUGGGCCGGGUGAAGAGAAGUAUCUUGAUAGAAUAAUCUCUGAUGCAAGAUUGGGUUUAUUCCUCUUCAAAAUUGGUGAUCCAAACUCGAAAACCGACUGGAUUUACGUGGAUAAUAUUGUACUCGCGCUCAUGUUAGCGACCACCGGUUUACUCUCUGAACACUCGAAAGCUGCCGGGAAGGCCUACUUUGUUUCUGAUGGUAAUCCGAUGAACUUCUUCGAGUUUCUCCAGCCACUAUUGAAGAAUUUAGAUUAUGACCUGCCCAAGUCAUCCCUAUCUAUUCCACUUGCGGUUUCACUCGGAAACAUAUGCAAAGCAGUAUACAUAAUGCUAUCACCGUUGCUGAACCAAAGGUGGAUUCCACAGCCAUUGAUUCUCCCACCGGAAGUUUACAAGGUCGGGGUGACUCAUUACUACUCGAUAGAGAAAGCCAAGGAGGAAAUCGGGUACGAGCCCAAGACACAACCCGAAGAAGCUAUGACCGAAACCAUUUCAUAUUUUAAAGAGAAGAAGAGGAGAGAGGUUGAUGGACCGAGCAUUUACGCUUGGCUUUUCUGUGUGAUCGGACUGCCUGCCAUUCUAUCGGUCGCAUGGCUUCCGGACAUUGGACCCGUACCGUUCCUUCGAGUCAUUGCGCUGUUUAUUUUCAGGUCCAUGUUGGUGUUGCGGAUAGCGUCUGGGAUUGUGGUUACGGUGCACGUGAGUGAAGCGGUUUAUGCGUUGUGGCUUGCUCGGAGAGUGGAUCCGAUGAAUGCAAAGGCUUGGUUUUGGCGGACGCUGCUUCUCGCUACUUUCUCGCUUGGUUUGCUUUUGAAAAGAGCCAAGGAAGUGAAGCAACGACCAACAACACGAGAAGGUCUUUUAACUGACUCAUUCGUCAUGCAGGUUUAAAGUUUAAACCAUGAUUCAUGUACUUAUUAUGAUUAAUAUCAUUUUAGAAACGUUAAAUGAUAA